GUCCUUGGUUUCUGAAAUCUUAUGAAGACUCAAGGUCACUGUCUCUCACAGCUUUUUGAUGCGAAGUUCCCCGGGAAGCUCGAUGACACUUUAGUAAAUAGGCUGUGCAGAUCGAUAGUAUGUCAAAAUAAACACCAUUUAGAAUUUUGGUCUCGAUUAUCGGCUUGCGAAUGGGACCUCAUUUCGAAACAUGCUACUCGAUGGAAUAGUAGUUAUGAAUACACUGUUGAGUUACAUGUUAUCCUUAAAGUUGCAGUAUCUCUUUCUUUUCGCUAUGGUUUGUUGAUUGGUAAUGAGGAGGAGGGUCCACACAACAUCAUCUUGUAUGCUCUUAACUUGUCUGACAAGCGAGUCAAGAUUAUACUCAUUGAAGCUUUGGCUGGUUGUUUGGAGGGUAUUGUGUCUUUAGAUGAUUUGAGAGUUGUAUUGUGGAUCUUUACACCAACUUUUAUGUCAGUUCUUCACACUUUGUGUGAUGAAACCAAUGUACAUGUAUUCAAGAACAUUGUCACUGUGUGCAUAUGUUUUUCUUCACAUUCUCUUGAACAACAAAGCUUGGGUAGAUCAGCAACCUUUCAAUGAAUGUUUUAAGUUGUCUCAUUUCGGAACCGAGGUUUUAUUUCUCAUGGGGCAAUUGAUACAUAAGUUUGGCGUAUAUUUUGACCCCUUAACAAUUCCUUUUGAAUUUCAAUUUAGCACGAACACAUACAAUUCAUUUUCUUCAGAGGUUCAAGUUAAGUUGCUUUAUUUGGCUUUCACCAAUGUUAUAAGCACCCCAUCGAGCAACGGUGAAUGGAUUUCUUUCUUAAAGUCCUUGGAAAACUUUCCUGAGCUUUGUGCUUCUGUCAUCAAUUUAUGUUUUAAAUCUAAAAGAACACUUUGUCCUGAAUUAUGGGAUUUCAUUGUGAAAGAAUGGGCUACAGCUCUACAAAGUCGUUUUGAAAACGGUAUGUCAGACAGCAUAUUAUGCGUCAUAACUCCUGUAUGUCAAUAUUCAGAAGCUAUUCUUCAUCUAGAUGCUGGUAGUAACCUAUUAGAGAAAAUCAUAUCAACUGUUACAAACUUUCAUUACUCCCUUAAGGGUUCUUGUGUACAGAAGUGUCGCACUCGUUUAUGGAUUUUGUCGCGGAUCUUAAUUCGUUGUUCACCUUGUUUGAUCACUAAACUACCUGACAUAAUUGGUGUGGUAGAUUUUCUAAUAUCAGUGUGCACUGCCCCUUACAUAGAAUCUGUGACCUUUGAAGUGAAUGCAGCGUUCAACUUUUUUAAAGAAUUUUGUCUUCUGUACUGGGAUUCGGAGAAGUCACUUACGAUCAAUCUUAUCACUAAAUUUUUGGAUUCACUCUUAACUUGUCAGAAUUCCAGAGUGUUUUCUACGUUUCUACUCCCCCUACUCCAAAGUCUUCAAAAGUUAUCUACCAAGUAUGGAUGUUUAGAGGUUUACUGUACAUUUUGGACUUUCCUUUUUAAAAUACUAAGUAAGGCUCAAAGUGAGUUCAUAAAUCAGUCAGUUGUAUCAUCUUGUAUUCAUAAUGAAGGAUUGCUAGAAACUGUUAUAACAGUGUUAAAGCUCCUAAGCUGUGAAGUGUAUAUAUCACUAUGGACAAGUGAGUGUCGACUACUGUUUUUGAAUUUCGUUAACAACGCUAUAUCAGAACUUGGUAUUGGUAACUUCAUAAGUGAUGUUUGCUUGCGUGGGCUCAUUCUUUCGGCUUUCAUCAUAUUUAUGGUCAGUGAAUAUCAUGAUAAUUGUACACAUCUUGAGUCAAAAGAUGUACAAAAGUUCCAUGAGUGGACUUGGAACUCUUAUAAUUAUUUGAUUGAUUUUGAUGUAAUGGAAAUAACAGAAUCAAAAUGCAUCUGUGAAAUAUUGUGGAAUAAAAUUAAAUACCUUGAAGAGGAGUCUGAGAAAUGUUCAAAUGAUUUAUGGAAAAGAAUUGUAGUAUCACUCAAGACCAAAUGGGAUACAAACUUAGGCGAACAUUAUCUAUUAUCUAUCCAAGAAUCAUCUAAUCAGUACUGCCCAAAUUGCAAAGAAAAUAUUGACGAAUUGCUUGAUGAUAUUAUGAUAUCAAGUACCAGUAACAUGAUUGCUGAUUGUACAGAAGGUUGAUAUGAAAAAUGUUGUACGUAUUUUCAAAACUUAUACAUAUACCAAGCUUUUUCUUCCUUGACUAUCUGUUUAUGGGUGAUAAGUCAAAAUCGUCCUAUACUUGUUAAAGUUUACUCUUGAGCGAAUUGUAUUCUGCUUUUCUUUCUAAUACAAUGAACAUGUCACUGAUGCUUGCGAAUGGAU